AUGAACUACCUCCGCCGGCGCCUGUCAGACAGCAGCUUUGUGGCAAACCUCCCCAAUGGCUACAUGAUGGAUCUGCAGAGGCCGACCCCUCCAGGUUCAUCCACUUCCUCUCCUGCCUCCCCGGCCACAGAGAGGCGGCAGCCCCCGAGCAUCCCGAGUCAGACCCAGGGCUCGGGCCCGGCCUCGGGCUCGACGGCGGGCUCAACUUCGGGCCCGGGGAGCUUCCUAAGCUCCUUCUCCAGUGUGGUGAAGAGCGCUCAGAUGGCCCAGAACGUCGCCGCCGCUGCACACGCCAAGUCAGCGGCGACGGCUGCUGAAGGAGCCUCGGCAGGAAGCAGCCAACCACCUAAACCUGUAGUACGCAAGCCCAAGAUCCUGCUGGUCAUCGACGAUCAGCACACAGACUGGGCGAAGUAUUUUCGUGGUAAGAAGCUCAACGGAGAGUACGAGAUCCGGGUGGAGCAGGCGGAGUUCACAGAGAUCAACCUGGCUUCCUACGUGAACUCGGGAUGUAUGGUGGACAUGCAGGUCAACAAAGGUGGCACCAAAGUGGUCAGGUCCUUCAAGCCAGACUUCGUCCUGAUUCGCCAACACGCCUACAGCAUGAUCCCCGGUGAGGACUUCCGGAACCUCGUGAUCGGCCUUCAUUUCGGUGCUGUCCCAAGCGUCAACUCUCUCUUCUCCAUCUACAACUUCUGCAGCAAACCUUGGGUGUUUUCUCAGAUGAUUAAGCUCUACCACUCCCUCGGUCCUGAGAAAUUCCCCCUGAAUGAACAAACCUUCUAUCCCAACCACAUGCAAAUGGUCACAACCCCUUCCUACCCGGUGGUGGUCAAGAUGGGGCACGCCCACGCUGGCAUGGGAAAGAUCAAAGUUGAAAACCAACAGGACUUCCAGGACAUCACCAGCGUGGUGGCUCUGGCUGGGACCUACGCCACCACCGAGCCCUACGUCCAGUCCAAGUAUGAUAUCCGCAUCCAGAAGAUCGGCAACAACUACAAGGCUUACAUGAGAACGUCCAUCUCUGGGAACUGGAAGGCCAACACAGGCUCUGCCAUGUUGGAACAGAUCGCCAUGACUGACAGAUAUCGGCUGUGGGUGGAUUCCUGCGCUGAGAUGUUUGGUGGCCUCGACAUCUGUGCAGUGAAGGCUGUCCACGGAAAAGACGGCAACGACUAUAUCAUUGAGGUGAUGGACAGCUCCAUGCCUCUGAUUGGUGAGCAUGUGGAGGAAGAUAAACAGUUGAUCACAGAGCUGGUCAUCAACAAGAUGGCCCAGGUGCUGCUGGGAGUUGCCACACCUCAGCCUUCCUCCGUCAAGACCACACAGCCCAGGCGAGGGGGACACCGCUCUGCUUCCGCCUCUCCCUCCCAGUCGGCCCAGGGUUCACCUCAGCGAGCCCGGUCAGCCACCACCUCGCCCAGCCAGGCCUUCCAGCCCGGCCCCAUCCCUGCCUCCUCCGGGCCUGGAGCUCAGAAACAGUCACCGCAGCUCAACAAAUCCCAGUCGCUGACCAACACCUUCACAGAGACAUUACGAGGAAACGUGACCGACGAUGAGGCCAAAGCUGAGACCAUCCGCAGCCUCCGACAGUCCUUCGCCAGCCUCUUCUCCGACUAA